GGCGCGCCGGGGGAUGCGCGGCCCCUUGGCCGGGCGGAGCGGGCACAGCGCGCUCAGCGUGCUGCCAUCCUUUGGAUUUCUCUUUGACAUUGAUGGGGUGCUGGUGCGAGGGAGGACCCCCAUUCCUGCUGCCAGAACAGCCUUUCAAAAGCUGGUCAACUCUCAGGGACAGUUCCUGGUGCCCGUGGUCUUUGUCACCAAUGCAGGCGACUGCCUGCGCCAGAAAAAAGCUGACCAGUUGUCUCACCUGCUGGGGGUUCCCAUUUCCCAAGAUCAAGUGAUGAUGUCACACAGUCCUCUGCGGAUGUUCAAGAGUUAUCAUGAAAAAUGUGUCCUGGUAUCUGGACAAGGACCCCUUCUUGAUAUUGCUCAAGACCUUGGUUUCUGCCAGCCCAUCACCAUUGACACCCUGCGGGAGAAACGCCCUCUGCUCGAUGCAGUUGACCAUGACAGAAGGCCCAACGUUCUGUCCCCAUCUGCUGUGGAGCUUCCCAAGAUUGAGGCUGUGGUGCUGUUUGGGGAGCCAGUCAGAUGGGAGACCAGCCUGCAGCUGAUAAUUGAUGUUUUGCUGACAAGUGGCUAUCCUGGAAAUCCCUAUGGGCAGGAAAACUACCCUCACAUUCCCGUGUUGGCCUGUAACAUGGACCUGAUGUGGGUGGCUGAGGCACAGUCCCCAAGGUUUGGGCAUGGCACGUUCAUGGUUUGCUUGGAAAACAUUUACAAGAAGAUCACUGGCAAGGAGCUGAAGUACGAGGCGUUGAUGGGCAAGCCCAGCAGGCUGACAUACCAGUAUGCAGAGCACCUGAUCCGUGCCCAGGCCCUGCAGAGGAGCUGGGAGCAGCCCAUCCAAACCCUCUAUGCUGUGGGGGACAAUCUGAUGACGGAUGUGUAUGGAGCUAACCUGUACAACCGCUACCUGCAGGAGAGCUCCAGGACAGGCUCCAAACCCCGUCUGCAGGCCAAGGCUUCUGCAGGCAGAGCCCCUGCCCUGCUCCCCCAGGCCCACGAGCCUGGCCUCAGCUGGCAGAACGAGCUGGCACCUGCAGCUGCUGCCUGCUGCAGGUCUGUGCUGGUCUGUACCGGGGUGUACAGCCCCCACGGCGAGGUGGCCCUGCCCACCAGGGACAGCAUCACUGAGAACGUCUUCCACGGCCACAGGGAUUUCACCUUCGACCCCGGCUUGGUGGAGCCAGACCACAUUGUGCCAGAUGUGGAUGCUGCUGUAGACCUGGUCUUCCAGCUGGAGAACUUUGCACCUCAUUGAGGUACAUAAUUUCUUAAGGACCACUCAGUGCUGUGCUUUUCUUGCCCAAAACACACUGUACUUUACAAGAGUGCCACAAACUGCUGCCUUCUAAAUUUUUUGCCCUCUGAAUUAAUACAACCUUCUAUUAGGUAUGCUUAUCAGUAGUACAUAUAGGUACAUGUGUGUAUUUAAUUAUAUUAAAUGUCAAUAAUGCUUUUUAUAGAGCUUCUAAAUAUGUAAUUUAUGGCUGGAGUUGCUCUUUACUGUCUUCCUCUUUGUUAUGCUAGGGACUUUAACAGCAAUAUUUCAUAGUAGCCUAUUCAUGUACUGGUACUUAAAUCCCUUCAUGACAGUACCUCCUUUAUUUUGCUGGAAGAUUUAGCUUUCAGGUGUUGAGGAUCUUGAGGAUAUGAGAUUGUGGUGCUGGGUUACUCAGCCCACUCCACGUGGGCUGGCACAGAGCACAACAUGUAUUAUUGCCUGGCAUUCUGCAAGUACUGAAUGCUCCCUUCAAUCAGAGUGCAGUUCAAUUUGUUCCACCUUGGACUUGCUCUCAUCUGACCUGCUGCUGCCUUCCUCGUGUCUCUUUUCCCAUGUCCCUGGAGUUUUAUUGCUCUUCUCUGCUGUGUGAAUCCUUAACUGUGUUGGAACUCCCUAGUCCUGGAAGGGAAGCAGAUCAG